CUGAAUUUACAACUUCAGCGAAACUUUGCAGUGGUCUGAAACACUAGUUUAUGUAAUUUAUGUACAACAUCUGGCCGCUUUAAAAGUCAUUGGUGCAUUAUGGAGGAAUUUAUCUCUCAUCCACCGUGGGAGCGGUGUGUUUUUGCCCUCAAAGUCGGUGGCUAGAUAAACUGUUUGUGGAAGCUAAGUUGGCUAACUUUAUCUGUCAGCUGACUCGUUUUGACAGCGAACCUUGUCUUAAUAUGCUCCGACGUUACUCUGCGCUCGCUUUAAACAGGCUUGUUGAUGUAACCACGCUGUGUUAGCUGGCGUUGACUCAUCCAGGUGUUUAAUUAGCAACGCUGAUAAGGUGACCAUAGAACUUGGCUCGCAAUGUUCCCGCAGUUGCUUCCACCUUUCAACUAGCUGCCUCCCCUCCUCUGCUUUUCUCUCCUCCGUCGCUCUCCGAUGGCUCACUGCGUCCCGUCCGAGCCAACCUCAAAGGUUCAGGCUCCAGAAAGUAUCCCGUCCCAGGUCAGCGUGGACCAGAGCAUGAGGCCGGUGCUGUUUGAGAUUUUCGGCGAGAUCUGGACCGUUCAGUCCCGACUCGGUCAAGGAGUGUCGGCCUCGGUUUACCAAGUCAGCUCCGGCAGAGCCGCUACGGCCGCAGUGAAGGAGUUCCAGGGCGACUCACAGGGAGGGGACUACGGCUAUCACAAAGAGAGGGCCGUGCUGGAGGACAUCCAGGGGCAUAAGAACAUUGUUACACUGUAUGGUGUUUUCACCAACCACAACUGUGUGGGUGUGGCUACACGCUGCCUCCUGCUGGAGCUCCUGGAUGUCAGCGUGUCGGAGCUGCUGGUGAGGCGCAGCAAUGGUGUCAAGGGUGUAAGCAGACCCCAGAAGGGCCACUCCAUGUGGCUGGUUCAGCACUGUGCCAGAGACAUCCUGGAGGCUCUAGCCUUCCUUCACAGAGAAGGCUAUGUCCACGCUGACCUCAAACCACGCAACAUCCUGUGGAGCGCCGACGACGAGUGCUUCAAGCUCAUCGACUUCGGGUUGAGCUUCAAACAGGGAAACCAGGAUGUGAAGUACAUCCAGACGGAUGGAUAUCGAGCCCCAGAAGCCGAGCUCCAGAACAGCCUGGCCCAGGCUGGGAUGGAGGGAGACUCUGGCUGCACAGCCGCCAUCGACCUGUGGAGCCUGGGCGUCAUCCUGCUGGAGAUGUUCUCAGGAAUCAAACUGAAAGACACCGUCCGCUCACAGGACUGGAAGGACAACAGCAUUGCUGUCGUCAAUCGCAUCUUUGCUAGUAAUGGCGUGAUGUGCCCUGCCAUCCCAGUCUAUCACCUCAGAGACCUUAUUAAAAGCAUGUUGCUCAACAACCCAAAGCAGAGAUGCACAGCUGAAGCUGCCCUGCUCAGCCCGUUUUUCAGUAUCCCCUUCGCCCCUCACAUAGAGGAUCUAGUUCUCCUGCCUUCUCCUGUUCUGCGUCUGCUUAACCUGAUUGACGACAGCCACCUUCACAACGAUGAAGAGUAUGAAGACAUACUGGAGGACAUGAAGGAGGAGUGCCAGAAGUACGGCUCAGUGGUUUCUCUGCUCAUUCCUAAGGAGAAUCCCGGAAAAGGGCAGGUGUUUGUGGAGUACGCCAACUCCAGCGACUCCAAAGAAGCCCAGCGGCUGCUGACUGGCCGAACCUUCGACGGGAGGUUUGUGGUGGCCACCUUCUACCCGCUGAGCGCCUACAAGAGAGGUUACCUGUACCAGACAGUGCAGUGAGGAUCAGUCUGCUCCUCCAUCCGCCUCAUUUAAAGAACAGCGCUGCGUUUUGCCCUACAACCCGUAUACUGAUACUUUCAACACCUGGAAGCAGAUGCAGACAUUAGAAUAUCAAGCCACUCCUGAAGGGUAAUUGCUAUAUUAAUUCUACUCUUAAGGAGAUGAGUUAAAGUUGGAGUGCUUCUGACAACUCAUUUACAUUUCUGAGAUGAGUUUACAAUCAGCUUUAUGCAGUAAUUAGAAGCAAAAAUGGAGUCUUUAUUUCCAUUCAACACUGCUGCGACGCUUACAGGUUUAAUCUGCAUGUCUUGACAAUUGCUGAAGUUUUACAAAGCGCACAAGAGAUGAGUUGUUUAAAAUGCAGCAACUGCUUUGCUGAAAUGCAUGUUGCUCAGCGAUGUUUCCAUGCAGAGCAGCAGCUGAAACUGGCUGUGAUGUUUGGUGUGCAGACUCUCGGUUCUUCACUGUGAAAACAUCCGAUUCGUCUGAUGACUCUGCUGGAACAUUAACAGUCUGCUGCAGGAGAAGCUGCACUCCGUUGCCUUUGAAUAGUGCAGUAUGAGUGGCUAAUGAAAACCCAUUUGAUGUCGUGUGACAGGGAUGUCAUUUGUUCUGUGUAUCAUGUGGUUUAGAUAUUUUAGAUCUUCAAACUAUAUAAUCCUAAAGAGAAGCUGAAGGUUCACUGUGGUGGAAGCUAACAUGUCGUACUAUUACAGCAAUUUAUUAUUUGAUCUAUUUAUUUUGGGCUAUGUUAUGUAUUUUAAGGUGGAGGAGUGGUACUGAGGGAUAUACUGCCCCCCUGUGGCUGCUCUCCCGUCUGAGCACUUGCAGGGCUACAGGAAGCUGCCCUGUAGCUGUAGACGGAAUGUUUCCUCUGACUGAGCUUCCAUCCAGGAAAACUUCAUGUUUUCACUGUAGCACUGGAAACACCACAAGAACUUUUAUAUAUCUUUACUCCAGAGUUUAUAAGGAUGCCGUUUGACUCCACUACACUCGUGUACUGGACAAGUGUAGAAAACUGUAGAAAAUAAUUUAGUUUUUUUCCUUCCAUCAAACUUUUUUUCUAUGGUCAUCCUUCCUGUCCUCUUCCUCUCUUUUUCUGUCUGAGCUGGCUUCCUAUGGCCUUCUUUUUGACAGUGAUUCUUCCACUCUGUUUCUUUCUUUCCCUUUUCUUCUUUGUGUCUUUAUUUUCUUCCUUUCAUCCUGCUUCAGUCCUUUCAUCCUCUUAGUUUCUUGUUGCUGCAGGAGCAAUAUGAAAAACUUGCCCACUUUAGAAACGUCCAUCCAUUUUCCAUACCUGUGUGUUCCAGGCAGCAGUGAGGGAAAGGAGGGCUACAUCCUGGGCAGGCUUCCAGUUCAUACUGCGAAAAAAGGGAAAACUUUAAAUUUAGAUUUUAAAAUGAGCACAAGGAACCAAGAAGUUUUGGAGUUUGAAAAUGUCUGUAAUGUUUACACAAAUAUCAGGUAGGAACCCUCUAAAACAUUUAAGUUAGAAAUGUUUUUUUCUAGUUCAGAAAAUUUUCUGACCAGAAGUAGAAAACGACUCAUAACAGCAACCGAGAUUGCUGCCAGUUGGAAACGAAGCGUUGCUCCAGAUGCUGAUUUAAAGCGAACACAACACACCAUCUGUAGCAAUCUUUUUCUUGUUGGCACCACUUUUUAUUUUCUUCACUUUGUGGCACCUUCAAAUGUUCCCACAGAGGCUGCUGAAGUGACUGUGAGGAAGACGAGGAAUGUCUGACAAUCUCUUGGUGUGUUUGGUUAGUUGCUGGGUUGAUUUUCAACCCAGCAUUGUUGCAGUGCUGUUCUGCAGAAAUGUGUUUGAAAUAUGACUAGAAAGUCUGGAUUUUUCUUCAAGCUGGCAAAUAGAAAGUUUUUUUCGUAUGCAUUUUCUAUCUUGACUGCUUCAAGCAGAUCACUAUGGAUGACAGAAAGCUGGGUGUUUUUGCAAUGUUAUGGACUUGCUGUUGUAGAAGAAGCAAUUGUGAAACUCCUGGUUAAUCUUCCAAUUUAUGACAAGAUAUUAAGUUUCUGUACCCAAAAAUUGUACUGAAGUAAAAGUUAUCCAAAAUAUUUUUUUCAAGAAACUACUCAACAUGGGUAAAAAGACGACAAGUACUCAGUAACUGUUAAGAUAUUAAUAUAAUAUUUUUAAAUGACAAACAAAACAUAAACUUAUGUGCAUUUUCAAGUAUUUGAACAAACCAAACUGAAAAUAAUUAAUGCAAAUUAAUUACAUAAUUACAGAACAAUAAUUAAAGGAAGAACACAUGCUUUUCCAAAUAUAUAUUUUUUAAAUAAAACAUAUUAAACUAAUACAGUUAAAUGUCUCUCUUCAUAUAUGUUAGAACAGGGUAAAGUACUUCCAGUACAAUGUAUUGUGUUUACUGUUGUUUUUCACCUAUAAUUAUCGCAGAUAAAAAAUUAUCAUUAGAACAACAAAGCUGGUGUUCAAACAAGAGGUCUCACUUCAACAUAUUCUGUAGCUCUGCAUGUCUCUAUUAGGUUCGUUUUUUUGGUUAAAACAUGUUUGUUCUUCAUUCAGUGAAGUUACUCACAGUGGGUUGAAUACUGAGUUUUAUUUUAGUAAGAGCAGUGACACUUCAUAGUAACAAUACUCAAGUAAAAGUAAAACAUGUGGUGUACUAAAACUACUACUAAAAGCACAUUUGUUUGCAAAAAGUUACUCAAGUCAAUCUGAGUAAAAGUACAAUAGUUAUUGCUAUCCAUGUUAUGCACUAUUAUACUAUCACAAGUGCCGAAUGACAUUUAAAAUGCUGCUGUAACAACAGAAAAUAGGUAGAGUAGGUUUGUCUGUUAAUCAACACUACACACAAACUACACAUUUUAAUUGAAGAAUUAGUUUUAUUAAAGACAAAAACAAUCCGUAGAAAGUUGAAAUCUACUCCAUUACCACUCCUGUGUCCUUUGCCUUAAAGACAUCACCAUUUAACCUCCAUUAUUGCUGCUAGACAAUAACAAUUUAUUGCAACCUAUUUUAUAAAAACACAUUCGCCCUUCACAUGCCAAGAAAGAUAAUAAGUUGAUGAGGUUUAUUUAUAUUAUUAUAUAAACAAAUGGAGAUGUGAUAUUUCAGUCAGAACAAAUCCAUGUAUGUUUCGUAUGUGACUUAAGUGAUGUUUGAUGGCUUCUCCAAUUGUUUUUGCUAGAAAUAGGCUGAAAAGCCAAAGCACUGAUUAUGCUUAACAAUUAAAUCUUCCCUGGUUAGCACUGCUAACAAAUAGCCACUGUUCGCUAUGCUGUUGAGAAGAAUGGAACGAUUCUGCAAAAGUCAAGAAACAACGUUUUUGUUACUAAGAGACACAUCACCUGUAAAUCGACUAAAACAGACAGAAUGUGGAUUUGAAUGUGCAACCCACCGAUUACAUUACAAACCCCUACCUCCUCAGCCACCGCCGCCCCUAAAUAAGCUGUGAUACAAUGAGUUAGGGGGAAAAUGCUUCCAAAAAGUCUUUGUGUAGCUUGAAAUUAAUUUUCAGUGAAGAACAGUUUGAAUCAGCCUGAAGACUGCAAACUCAUGAAACAUUUUCUUUCCUUCUGUGCCUCGUACUUUGUCACAUACCUGAAACAGAACAGUUUUUCCCUUUUUAAAGGUUGUAGUCUUCCAUUGAAAGCAGUGGUGCAGUCAGUUCUGAGAGCUGGUAUCCUGCCAGUCUUAGUUGUUUCCCUGGUUCAACAGACUUGAAUCAAAUGAUGGAUCAUUAGCAGAACAUUGUCACACUGAUUGAGUUAGUUGGACUAUUUGAAUCAGCUGUUUUGGGCCGGCAGGAUACUAGACCUUAACUACUGGAGCUGGAGACCCAAGACUUUAUAAUACUUGAACUAAUUUAGGAUAAUUGAAGUUAUGAAACAUCAGAAUUUUUCCCUUAGAAAAUCAUGCAAUUAAUUAUGUACAAGUAGAAAUACUUUUAGAUCAAUAUGAUCAAUUUAGCUCUACAAUAAGUGUUGCAAAUGUGCAUUCAUUAUUCCAAUUCAUUCAAUUUCGAAAAUACUUUAUUAUUCACAAAAGAGAAUUUUAAUGUUUUAACUCAUAUUAUCUUAGUUUCUUCAGAGUUGAUGUAGAUGCUGAUGGUUGUGGGCAGUAUGGAUUCCCUGUAGCUAUCUGCAUCACAGUAGCUCACUGAUUGAAGACACCUUGUGGUUGCGUAAUAGUCUCACAUUAAAAGCAGAGGCAAUGUCACAUGAUGUGUGUGACAGUGCAUUCAUAGUAAAACGGUUAUACUAUUUUAAAAGGUCAAAAAUGAUUACAGAGCUUCCAUUCAAACUUUCUGUCAUAUCUUAUAUUAGCAACUAGCAUGGCUAACAUUAAAUAACAGCACUGAUGGGUUGUAUUAGCUUGAGAAUGUAGAUCUUUACCUUGCCUCAUAGAUUUCUAAGAAGUAUUCUUGCUUCCUGUUGUUGAAUGCCUGACUUUCUCUCUGUAAUGCAGCCUUAAUGAGUGGCAGACAUGUAGCGCCAUGUUUCAGCUGAUAACUUCCUACAUUUUUCUCACCUGCAAAUGGCAAAACUUUGAGUCUCCUUCACUCAAUAACAGCAUCUCCACUAAAGAGUUGUGGCCAUGAAAAUAUUGGGAGAGAACAAGGUGAUCAGCCUCAUCAUUUUCAUUAGAAGAGCUGACUGCUAUUUGGGAAUGUGAAGAAUUGCAUAACUCUUUAAGGAAGAUUUAGACUGUGAGACACAUCUUCUGUGCUCAGAUAUGAGUGUUAUGACUGUGACUAGACUGAGUAUGUUUUAGUGUCUCCGUGUCUAAGAAAUGUGCUGAUUCAGGGGUGUAUUUGAACAUGUGACUUGCUGCCAUGUGAGGGCUUUAGCAAAGCAUUUUGCAGUUUGGUUGUUUUUAGACAAAAUUUAAUGUGAAACACAUUAUCUGAAAACUGAACACAUUUUCUGAAAACCAAAGUCUAAAAAGAUCAUUUGCUCCCAAGGGAGCAUUAUGGAUAUUGGAAUUAUGCAGAAGUAUUCUUGCCUCAUUGCCUUUUCUGUUGUGCCUGGUUCACAAGGCACCGCAGGGCACUAUGUUUGAAACAUUUGGAAAAUUGGUCCACUAAUUUGUGGACCAUUUUUCAAAACUUGAGAGAUGCAUACAAUAAUAAAAUCUUAAAUGUGGAUCUAGCAACACACCACAUACGAACCAGUUCUACUCACCAACAUUCAGAUGUCGGAAAUCUCACAAAACAUCUCGAGAUCAAAUGUGAGUCCAGAGCAUGGCUGACAAGGAAGAAGCAGUGGGAAUAGUUUGUGGACUCUUUUUAAUAUAGAAAAUAACAAUACGAAAAUAUAUCUCCAACAUUGACUGGACUGUCUGGUGCGCCAUGACAGUUUUCUAUUCUGUAUGUUUCCGUCACCUCGCUUUGUGAUUGGCUAAACAUCACAUUCAACAGACCGGGGUCUCUUGUGUCCUUGGGGAAAAACACACACACUGCAAUAUCAGACCAAGACAAUCCAGUGUGCUGAAUAUAUCGACAUAAGGUCAUAAAGUCCUUCUGACUCUUAAAACACCACACAUGACAGGAAUAUCACUUAUGAUCAUAAGAGAUGUCAGGUAGUCGGGUGUCCUUAAGAUUGUCAAAAGGAGAAGACGGAACAAAAAUCAGCAUAAAACGUUUGCCAUGUGAACUAGGCAUUCACUGACAGAGUAAACACAAGAGCGUUUCAAUCACAGGAAGUAUCCAGUCUUUAUGUUGAUGUUGUGCUCUAACUUUGGAGAACGGUUUUGGCGCUCUUCUGGAUUCAAAAUCUCCAGGUCUAGAAGAGGCUAAGUGUUGCAGGUCUGCAGACAAUUGCUCAAACCCUUUAAAGUUUAGAAAUUUCACGUUCAUUCAAGUUGGAGGAGCCUUUGAGAAAUUGCUCAUGCUGCCCACUUCCAUAGUUUACAGUUUUCCAAGUGUUAGUUGACGCCCCAUCCCGCAGGCUUUGGAUGCGUUUAAAGGUGUUAGCAGGUUUGCACACAGAUACUAAGCCACGGUAAUUCAGUGGCACAGCACUGAAGCAAAGGGAUAAACUCACUCAAAAAACCAACCUAACCCUUAAUGUGAAGCUUUUGAGUAUGAGAACUAGGGACAUUUAGUGGCUUAAUUUUUAUAUUACAGCAAAUGCUGGAUGCUUCCUACUCCUCCUAUGUGUGGGAAAAGUUUUUUUUUUUGUUGUUGUUGAAAGAAAAUGCAAAAUGUUGACAAGUUUGUCUUGGGCCUCUGUAAAAAUGGCAGCCCAUUAAAAACAAUAUAAUAGUGAUUCUGAUAAGAGUUUUCUGCUCAUUUAACAGCAGUCUGAAAGGAUGGACAUUGUAGACCUGGAAGCUUUAGGCAUGUCUUGAUUUUUCUCUUCCUAUGCAUGAUGUGUUUGGAUUAAUAAUGUUAAACUCACACUUCACAAGUUCUGGAGUUUCAGACCCUAAAAACAACAAAAGACGCUACAUUAGAUUUUUUGUAGAUUUACAUUACAUUUUUGCACUUUGUUCCGACUUCAUGUGAAAUCCCAACACAAAGUAGUACAUAACUAUGAGGAACUACUUUGUACUUUUACUUACCUUGGCCAUUGCCUUCCCAUGCAAUCUCACACUGAAGGGAGAUUUUCGUCUUCCUUCAGCGCUCCGCCUGGGAUUUCACUGGUAGAAAUUUAACCAAACCAAUCAGCAAACAGAAGGAGAAGUUGUGAACGAUGAUAUAGAUUUUUAGUAUAGUUGUCUGGCAACAUAGAGUUGUGGUUUGACAAUGUUGGUGUAGUAAGUGAGCAACUGAAGUCAGAGUAAGAGAGAGUUGAAGACAUUUAAUUGCUGGAAAAGAUCUUGUGGCCCAUCGGGUUGCUUACAGCACCCAUAACUUCCUGUAAGCUUCAUGAAGUUGGCCAUUACUUAUGCCAGGGUUAAAUGUUAGUAGUUGGGUAAAAUCAAAUAAAUUAUUUAAAACUUCAAGAGUCCACAUCUCCAGCGAGUAAUAAUUUCUCAAUAUGGCUGAGAGCCAAAAGCGUAGAACAAUAGGCUGGUUUACAACAACCUGCCUUUUACUGCCCUUCAGCUCGGACCCUUUCAGGGUGUCUCAAGCUUAAUUGAUUGGAUUUCUAAGAUUGGCCAUUCUGCUUUGAUCUGAACCAGGAAUGAACAAUCCUACUCUCCAAGGACCAGGAGAAAUGUAUCUGAUUCCACAUCACAGGAACGUCUAAGUAGCAACUUCCUGUAGAUGAGAAGUCAGCUGUUUGAUUGGCUGGUGGAAGAGGGACACCGAGUUACAGAAUAGGCACUGGUUUGAGUUGAUCUGUCACAUAAAACCUCAAUCCCUCAUUAAAGUUGAGCAGAGAUGGUUUGUUUACUUUCAACUGUAGCAUUUUCUAGAAACAACUUUUCUAGGUUUCAGUUGCAGAGUUGUGUGUGGUAUUCCUUUGUCAGCAGAUACAAAGUGAAUAUUGUGUGUGUGAAGUGAAGAAUGCGGCAAACCUUUUAUUUCUCGCAUCCAGGCUAAUCUACACGCACAAUAACUGGAACUCGAUGAGAAUCCGAGCUCGUCUUGGACAGUUUUUAUUUUGGUUCUUAAAAUGUCACACAGGAAGAAAAUUGUGCUCAGUCAAGAAUGCUGCUGAUUCUGAUCAGCAGAAAGUGAAGUAGAGCAGUCUAGUUGUAGCAGGAGUUGCCCUAUUCCAUCUUAGGUCUCAACUCUUUUUUUUUUCUUUGGAUGUGAAGCAUAUCUGUGAAAUGAGAAAAAAGAAACAUGCAGUGUUGCAUGGAAAAUGUUUCUCUCUUCUUUUCAACAUGGUUUAAUUGUUCUUUUAUUUUUGUCAGACAGAAACCAAAGGAGUUGUAGUCUAAAUUUUUAGGGAAGCAGAAUUGGUGACAAUGUCUUUAAAGAUCAUUUACAAUCCUGCUUUGCACAGCCGUAAAAUGCCUUAAAAUGUCAGUAUUAAACCAAACCCGAAGGCCCUGUUCUACAAUGCGUCUGUUUUAUCUCGCCUCUUACAAACGAAUAUGUGAGAGAAAAGUAAAAGGCAGCAAAGCUCUAAGGGUCAACAAAGUUCUUAGCUGGGUCAAACCAAAACAUUAAGAAUUAAAGGAAAACUUGCACAUUAUUGAUAGUGACUGUUAGCAAUUCAAAAAUGUCUGAACCAUUCUAGACAGAAGACAAUCUGUGGCCUUGGAAGUCUUGAAGUCUGUUUUGAUGAGUAGUAGCAGCCAUUUUGGCUCUUUAAUUUUCCUGAAAUGUCCUGCAGGUGAAAUGAUUGUUUCUUCAAGUUCUGCAACUUAAACAGAAGCACAAUGGACAAAGGUCACUAUACAUGCAACAUGUGUGACACUCUGUGAGUUUAUCCAUGUUUUCUUGCCCUCCAUUUGUGUGAAUUGUUGCACUCAUGCUGUUUGAGAAAAUCACAAUAAAACUUUUAAUGUGAA